CAGUAUUCGAGGUGUACUGGGCGGAAAAAGGCGCUCUGUAUCGGUAUCAAUUAUCACGGCCAGCCCUACACUCUUCGAGGAUGUAUAAACGACGCGAGGCACCUUCGUGACUUCCUGAUAGGCUUCUGGGGCUACAAGGCAGAAGAUAUCACUCUACUCGUGGAUGAAAGCAUGGAGUCGGGCAAGCAGCCUACGAGGGCGAACAUUAUCCAGGCUAUGCACUGGCUCGUCAAGGAUGCGCAUCCGCAUGAUUCUUUGUUCUUUCUUUACUCCGGACACGGCGGUCAGACCCUUGAUCUGCACAGUGAUGAAGUUGAUGGACUUGAUGAAGCCAUCUACCCUGUUGAUUUUGUCGAGCGGGGCCAUAUUCUCGACGACGUUAUGCAUGAGAUCAUGGUCAAGCCCUUACCUACCGGGUGUCGGCUUACGGCGCUGUUUGACUGUUGCCACUCGGGAACGGCUUUAGACCUGCCCUAUGUCUAUGACUGUAACGGUCGACUUAAAGGACAACAUAUGACAAGCCAUUGGAUCUCACAGAGGUCGACUCCUGCAGAUGUGAUAACAUGGUCUGGGAGUAAGGAUGGUCAAACAAGCGCCGACACGUUCCAUGGAGGCGUGGCGGUUGGUGCCAUGAGCUGGGCAUUCAUUCAGUCUCUUACGAAGAAUCAGAACCAGUCAUAUCAAGGUCUUCUUCAUUCCAUCAGAAAGAUUCUGGAGCCUGAAUAUAGUCAAGUGCCACAGCUAGGUAGUUCCCAUCAUAUCGUAAGUCACUUGUCAUACUGCCUCUCAAUUGCUCACCUCAUCCAACGGACCUAUAGGACACCAAUCUGCGGUUUAUUCUAUGAGAUUGGACCUCCGUGA